AUGACCGCUGCUCCGACCGUAUCUUCGGCGCUGCAUCCGCGGAUGGGAUGGAUCGGUCUCGGAUCGAUGGGUCUUGGAAUGGCCACCAACCUGCAGAAUCAUCUCAAGACGCACUUUGGUGGCAGUCUCCAAUAUCACAAUCGGACCAUGUCCCGAGGCGCUCUAUUGGAGAAGGCCGGAGGUGCACCGCAACCAAACAUCAUCAACCUCGUUAAGGACACAGACAUCGUCUUUAUUUCGCUCAGCGACGAUAAAGCGCUUGAGGCGACACUGGACGCGAUUUUGGAUGACGCUGCCGCAGCUGAUCUGACGGGCAAGAUCUUUGUCGACACCUCAACAGUCCACCCCCUGUCAUCGGCAAAGGCAAGGGAGCGACUGGCAGCAAAGCAAGCAAAAUUCAUUGCCGCACCUGUAUUCGGGGCAAGCCCUAUCGCUGCGCAGGGCACACUGCUCUGGAUCGUCGCUGGACCCGAUGAAGCCGUAGAGAAAAUCCAGCCGUUCGUCGUCGGCGUCAUGGGCAGAGGCAUCAUCCGUCUAGGAGAAGACGUGCAAAAAGCCAGCAUUAUGAAGACAGCUGGAAACUUUCUGACCGCAGGGAUGAUGGAGCUGGUCGCUGAGGCCCAAGUCUUUGCUGAGAAGUCGGGGCUCGGCAGUGAAGCGAUGGAGGAUCUGCUCGGACAACAGUACGGACCCUUGGCGCUGACUAUGUCUAAACGCUUGACGACGGGUGCUUAUUUGCCGCCUCGGGAUGAGAGGCCAUGGUCCGACUUGACCCUAGCGAUGAAGGAUGUUGGGCAUGGCCUGAGUUGCGCUGAGCAGGUUGGCGUGCGUCUGGAUAUUGCCGAAAUUGCUGCGAGGCAUCUGAAAGAAGCUAAGAAGAUCUCAGAUACUCAAAGGCGGGCGUUUGAUUCAUCAUCAUUGUACGGUAUAGUGAGGAAAGAGGCUGGACUUGAUUUUGAGACGGAAUUUAUCAAGAAGCGAGACGGCUCUGCUUGA